AGAUAUUCUUCAUCUCUCUUAUUAUGGUUAUGUUGAUUAUAUUCUUUUUGCUAUAAGUUUUACCAUAGAUUUAAUACUCUACCUAAAGAAUACUGCCUGUUAUUGUCACAAUGACAUUGUAAGAAAAAUCUUACAUUUCGUGAAACCAGAUCCUCUACUAUACAUAUAUUAUUAUACUCUUUGCUCUACCCCUUCACAAUGAGCAUGAACACAACAGACCGGUACCCGGCCACGGCAUCGCAGUUCAUGUUGCGUGAGAUCAAACGCCAACAGGAGCUGGUCAAUCGCGGCUACCAGCUGCUGAAGAGGAAGGCCGAAGCUCUGAGGCUUAAAGGUCGACAGACGGCGUCCGACUUAUCAGUGACCCAAGCGGUUCUGGGCCAUACUCUUAAAGAGGCCUACAUAUCGUUGGCAGCGGUGAAGUUCACUAAUGGAGAGUCUAAUGCAUUGGUGCUUGAGAAUAUUGAGGAGGCACAAAUCCGUGUCCAACGCAUACCAGAAAACAUAUCUGGUGUCUCAACCGUGACCCUCCAUGCUAUCGAAGAGCUGGGGGCCAGCGACGCCCUCCGCUACGCCGGCCUUGGGGCCGGCGGGCACCGCACCGGCGAGGCGAAGAAGGCUUUUCGCGAGGCCGUCCAUAUUCUGAUCAAAUUCGCGUCGCUGCGCAAUACGUGUAUUCUGUUGGAUAAUGCGAUUAGGUCAACGCUGAGAAAAGUGAACGGCAUAGAGAAGGUCAUUAUGCCUAAGCUGUCGAAUACAAUGAAAUACAUUCAAGUGGAACUAGCGGAGCGGGAAAGGGAGGAGAUGCAUAGGCUGAAGAUGGUGAAGGCGAAGAAGAUUCGAGCCAAAGCUCUAGCGACAAUGCGUCUCGAAAACUCUCAAGACGGUGAUAGCUCUGCAGGCGGUGAAAGCGGUGAAAUUGAUGUCCAUUCUGCAGCCCGUAUCCGCUCCGUGGAGUGUCUCACUAGUAUCAUCUGCGCCUGCAAGUCGCUGCCCUCCACGGAUUCCCUCGAAGACUUCUCUAAGCCCGUCUGCCAGCCCGCGGAAUGGGACGAUGAGGAUCUCCUGUUUUAACCUUUGAACGCCAUACGUCUAACAUUUCAUUAUCAUUUGACAUUCCAUUUCGAAUUCGAUUAGAACAGUUAUUCGAUUUCGUAACGUAAUUCUUAUAUGUACUAGAGAUGCGUUUUUGUUUUAAGUAUGAUGGCAAGUGUGUUGGCGUUGACGCUACGGACUAUUAACGGCUAUUACACACUACCACCCUGAGGUUGAUUGAAGCAGCAUGACAUACGAACGUUUCCGAGAAAUUACGGAGGAAAACAAUUAUGCACUAAAUCCUGACCAGUAAUAUAUGAUCAUUGUCAAGAGAACGCUGUUAUUCUCAUGUAUAGGGUGACAGUUCAAUAUAGUAUGAAAAAUUAGUUUCAGUGAAAUCCGCAACAUGGUGCGUGUGAUCAUAUAUUCCUGGUCAGGCUUUUAUACAUCCAUCCGUUU